AUGUUCUACAAAUUUCAGAGGGAGUUUCAAAAUGCAAUUUUUAAUUGUGGGGUUUACAAAGUACAAAUAGAGGAAGCUGUUGAGGAGUUUGAAGUUGCAGAUAAUACAAGGAAGAAAACAUAUCAUGUGACUUUUAUUCCUGAUUCUCAUGAUUGUUUUUGCUCUUGUAAGAUGUUUGAAUCCAUGGGAAUAUUAUGUCGGCAUGUGCUUUUUGUGAUAAAAGGGAAGUUUUUGACUGAAAUUCCAGAGCAACAUAUAUUGCAUCGGUGGACUAAAGAUGCUUCAAAAAAACCCAUUUUCGACUUUUGUGAGGACUUUGAUGACCAUCUUGAGUUAUUAUUGGAAAGGUUAUCUGCUUUUGAGGAGGAAAUGAAACCUGGAAAAGAAAAUGUUGAGCAACAAUCUAAAGACAAGCAUAUUGAGUUGUUCGUUGGUUCUAAUAUAGUAUCAGGUGGUAUACUUCCUCCAAACAAGUCUUCAAACAAAGGAAGUGGUACGGGAAAGAGAAAGAAAGUGAUCAAGAGAUAG